AUGGUGUUGCUCCGCGAGCAAUAUCUUAUCGACUGGCUGUCGGGAGGAAAGCCCGAGUGCGAUGCGGCAAGUGUUUGCUUAGGCUCGAGAAAUCAAACGAUCUGUCGGCUGCUUGCUCGGAGUCACCGGGAGAACCUUGCAGGGUCCCGUGCUCCGGAGCAACUGAUUGAGCAGCGAGCGAAUCGUAGCGGACGAGAGGACACCAAUUUACAAAUAAUAGCAAAUUACCUUCGUUUAAGAAGUGUCACGGCAUUGGUGGGGAUGUUGGUUAAAUCGACUGGUAAUCUGGAGACCUUGCGGGUAAUCACUGGCUCGGGGUGCUACUGGAUUUGCGUCUUAGUUGCUGAUGGAGCGUCGAAUCGCGAAAUAGCGCCAAAUGUCUUACUCACAUUUUUGAUUUAUAGUCACUCUGAUUUGGACGGCAUAAUGGCUGACAAUCUUAUACAAAAGUCACAUAAAACUAGUGAGAAAAACAAGUAUAACAACGUUGUUCACCGCACGACAAGCGAAUCUCUUCGUCUGAACGAGUCGGAGAAGGGAGUGACUCACCCGACGAGUCUUCAAGCCGCCCAUAACCCACGGAAAAUAUCUUCGUUUCAGAUCACCAGUGUGACGGUUGGUUCUCGAGUGAGCACUGAUGCUGGAGAGGAUUCGGCCGACGAUCUAGAUGAAUCUCACACCGACGACAUCUCACGAGUAACCGAUAUCGAGAAUGAAACUCCUAGUUAUUCUGAAGACACCUUCUCGAAAGAUGAUGUAUUUUACAACGCCUCGAGUGCAUCAUUAGGUUGUGCCCCUGUUAUCCCGACCAGCUCGCAGUACGGACUUGCGAUUGUCGGCCAGGACAACACCACCAACCAAAUAGGAGGAGCAGUGCCAAAUAGUAAUAAUACAGAAGUAAGUGACAUGCAUGUGAGUGUCACAAACGCUGGGACGGGUAGCAUUAUCAAUCUUAUAGGACAUGCUAAACCCCAGGAAGGUAUGAAAGAAAUACAGGAACAUGUUAGGAAUGAAAGGUUUAAAGUUGUAAAAAUUGAGAGCACUGAGCCAUUUCGUAGAGGCCGAUGGAUGUGUAUGGACUACUUAGAUCACACUUCUACUCAACAAAAUGCACCAAUAACCUUAAAUAACAAUUUGGAUAUAACAGAUACAAAUCUACAAGCCCCUGACAGUGGUGUUGUAAUAAAUGAUAGUCAACAUGAAGAUGAUCUGACAAAUAAAGGGCCCAAGGAUCUACAAGGUAACCCUCCACCAGUCCAGCAAUUAGAACAAAAUGUCCAGAAACAAUUUCCCAUGGCUUCCCCGGGCCAGUCUCUGACUCAGCCCAUAAAUGUUGUGCAACAGAUGUCAGUACCUCAGUCUGUUUCUGUACAAUCACCUCCAUUAGAAAUGCCACAACAGAUGCCAAAUCAAAACAUGCAACCUACUCAGCAAGUGGGCCAACAACAUCCACAAAGUAUGACUCAUAUUACUAUGCAAAAUGCACCCCAACCUCAUCCGCAAGCACCUCAACAACAACAAGUGCAACAAAUUCCACAAAGCUUUCCCCAACAUCAGUUACAACAAGUGAUUGCUCAGUCUCAAGGUAUUGCCAUGCAACAAAUACCAAUGCAUCAACAGAUGCCACAACAAAUGCAACAAAUACCUAACCAACAAAUGCAACAGAUCAAUCAACAUAUUCCCCAAACUCAGAUGACUAAUAUCCAAAUGCAGCAGCAGAUGCCUCAAAUGCAAGCGAUGCAAAACCAGGGCCAACUAUCUCAAGUAGCUAGUCAACAGCCCCAGAUGCAACAAAUGCAACUGCAGCAAAUGCAAGCACAGGCAAAUCCUCAACAAAUGCAUUUGCAACAAGCUCAGAUUCCCAAUAUAGGGCAAAGUCAUCAUUUGCAAGGACAACAAUCCAUCGGAUCUCAGCAAGCCCAAUUACAACAAAUGCAAGCUCUUCAGAACCAACAAAUGCCAAACCAUAUACAGCAAAUGCAAAUGCCUACCCAGUUAACUGGAGCAAAUCAACAGUUACCACAAAUGCAGCCUCAAAUACAUCAGAUGCAAACACAGCCUCAACAAUCAGUCGUUCCUGGAAUGCACCCUCAGAUGCCCCAACAAGGCAUGCCUACAGUGCAACCUCAAUAUAAUCAAGCUGUCAAUCAACAAUCUAAUCCUCAGACCAUGAUGAGUGCAAAUAUUCCAUCAUCACAGCAAACAAUGGUACAACCACAACAUAAUGUUCCUCAGUUUCAUACACAGCAGCCCCAAAUGAGUCAGCAAGGGCAAACUUUACCACAAGAGGUGCUUACAAGUAUUGUUACAUCACAGCAAGGUGCAACUUUGCCAACUAAUCUCCAGCCUAUGGUGUCCCAACCACAAGGCACUACUCUGCCAGCGAAUCUCCAAAGUCUGAAUCAACAACAACCUUCAUCGGUGCACCCUAUGGCCCCGCAGCAAGGAAAUGUGCCACAAGGCAAUAUGCAGAUGAUGACAACGGCUCCCCAGAAUAUGCAGAUGACUCUAGACGGGAAUCAGCCUAGCAUGCAGAUACCCGCCUCAGAUCCGAUAUUCAUGCAGCCAGCUAACGUCGGACAGCAGAUACCUGUUGGGCAGCAUAUGGCGCAGCAGAAUAUGUUACCGCAGCAAGUGAGCGGCCAGGGGCAGAUGGGUGGCGUGCAGUACGUGCCCAAUCAGCCGUUGCCGCAAGUUUCGAUGGCGCAUCAGAACAUUCCUAUGUCGAUGCAGCAGAGUAUGCCAGUGGGUAUGGGCAGCGGUGUCCAUGCUAACGUGGUGCAGUCACAGACGAGUAUGGGCCUCGGUUACGGUGGGGUUGUUCCUGUAAUGUCGCAGAGCAGUGUGGCACCAGUGGAGGCCACGGUAUCUGGGACUAACUCACCAGUAGUUUCACUACCGGUUAGUUCAACGGCGUAUGUGACUAACGCCCAACCUGGACAUGACAAUCAGGGCUUCGGUAGCCCAGUGAGUGCGGUGGUGUCUCAUGCAAUCAGUGGCGCGGUGAUGAGCAAUGUGAAUGUGAGUGCGUGUGACAGUGGUGCUGCGGAGGUGCCUGCUGACAAUAUGCAGGUUGGAGAUGCUGCAGAUGGGAAGGAGGAACAGCUGCCGGCUCCACCUCAGGAAGAUGAAAGAUGA